AUGGGCGGACAACUCUCCAAGGUCAUGGGCCGGCUGUUCGGGUCCAAGGAAAUGCGGCUGCUGAUGCUGGGGCUCGACGCCGCGGGCAAGACGACCAUUUUGUACAAGCUCAAGCUGGGGCAGGACGUGACCACCAUUCCCACCGUGGGCUUCAACGUCGAGACGGUCACGUACAAGAAUGUCAAGUUUAAUGUGUGGGAUGUGGGUGGCCAGGAUAAGAUUCGUCCCUUGUGGAGGCACUACUACUCUGGAACCCAGGGCUUAAUCUUUGUUAUCGACUCGUCGGACCGCGGCCGCAUGGAGGAGGCCAAGCAGGAACUGCACCGCAUUAUCAACGAUCGCGAAAUGAAGGACAGCUUGUUGCUGGUGUUUGCCAACAAGCAGGAUCUCAACGACGCAAUGGACCCAAAACAAGUCACAGAAGCCCUCGAGCUCUCCAAGAUCAAAGACAAGGCUUGGUACGUCGUGCCCAGCUGCGCCACCACCGGCGAAGGCCUCCUCGAAGGCCUAGGCUGGCUGUCCACCAACGUCAAGAGCCCUCCCGCCCCGGCAAAGAAGUAA